CGUCACUGCGACUUUACUUUAGCGCAGCUUAGCUUAAUUUAGUUUAGUUUAGCUUAGCUUCUGUGAAACCCAUCUGCGUGCGCACAGUGCGCAUGAGUGGCGACUUCAGGAGCGGCAAGGUUAGGGGUCAGAGGUGAGACUGUUAUAGCUAAGAUAUUUCAGCAGCCAGUCAGAUGAGACCUUUAAAUGUGUCUGUAUAACCUCCAGAGCAUCCUUUAGAAAAGCAAGCGAGCUAAUCGUGCUGCUGGUUCCUGUCUGAACGCGUGGACUCAAACUGAAAAUGUUGAGGAGGAAACCGACUCGUCUGGAGCUUAAGAUCGACGACACUGAGGAGUUUGAGAGCGUCAAGAAGGAGCUUGAGGCCAGAAAACGUCAGCGAGAGGAGGCGGAGUCGGGAGGUGGAGUGGGUGGGGGAUCUGUAAUUAGUGUUGAUGUAAUUGGGGGUGGAGCCUCUGCCUCAGCAUCAUCCUCCACAGCCGCAUCGAGGGCAGAGCUUAUCAAUGAGCGAAUCGGCUACAAGCCCCACCCUAAACCGGCGACCCUGCCGACCUUAUUUGGAAGUUUACAGUUUUAAUGAUGAAUAAAGUUUGAGC